CCCAUCUUUCUCUAUUCAACGCCGCUCAUCCGGGUUUCCUUGAUUGCCCCGGAGCAUCCAAAGCUCUGUUGCAUCGCACCAUGGUUGCCGAUACCAGUUAUUACGACGCUUUGGGCGUCGCGCCUACUGCCACCGAGCUCGAAAUCAAGAAGGCUUACCGCAAGCUCGCCAUCACCACUCACCCAGACAAGAACCCCGGCGAUGAAACCGCGCACGCACGGUUCCAGGCGAUCGGCGAAGCCUACCAAGUUCUCAGCAACGAAGAUCUACGAAAACGAUAUGAUAAGUUCGGCAAGGAGGAUGCCGUUCCGGGCGGUGGUUUCGAGGAUCCGUCCGAGUUCUUCAGCAUGAUAUUCGGUGGCGAGGCAUUCGUCGACCUUAUCGGCGAGAUCUCUCUCAUGAAAGAUUUGACCGCGACGAUGGAUAUCACGAUGGAGCAGAUGGAGGAGGAGGAGCUUGCCGCGUCGGCCGAAGAGAAGCUCAACAUCCACGACGAAGAGGUAAAAGCCGCCAGCGCCGAACGUGCUUCCACCGAAGGAGCUACCGCCGAGAGCUCUUUUGCAGCUGAUGCGGAGAAGGCCCAAGCUCAACCUGCCGCGACAGCCUCCGGUCAGAGUUCGGGCACCAGUACACCCCGACGAUACAUGGGCCAGCAGGCUCUCAUGGAUAAGUCCGAGGAGGAGGCGCGUAUGGAGGCAGCUGGUCUGUCGCAGGAGGAGAAGGAGCUGCGUAAGAAGGAGAAGAAGAAGGGUCUGUCCAAGGAACAGCAAGAGCGCCUUGCCGCAUUUGAGGAGGAGCGGAGAAAGGCCCGCGAGGAGCGUGUCAACACUCUGGCCAACAAGCUGGUCGACCGCCUCAGUGUCUGGACCGAGACCGACAAGGGCAAAGAUGUGACGCAUGCGUUCGAGGAGAAGAUUCGAUUGGAGGUCGAGAACCUCAAGAUGGAGUCCUUCGGUUUGGAGAUCCUGCACGCGGUCGGUGCCACCUACACUCAGAAGGGUACUUCGUUCCUCAAGUCACAGAAGUUCCUCGGUAUCUCCGGAUUCUUCUCGCGUCUCAAGGACAAAGGAACUCUGGCCAAGGAGACAUGGACGACCAUCUCCACUGCCAUCGAUGCCCAAAUGACUAUGGAGGAGAUGGCCAAGCUGGAAGAACGCGGCGGCGAGGACUGGACCGAUGAGAAGAAGGCCGAGUACGAGAAGAAGGUGACUGGCAAGAUUCUCGCGGCGGCAUGGCGCGGCAGCAAGUUCGAGAUUCAGAGUGUUCUCCGGGAGGUCUGUGACCAGGUUCUGGGCGACAAGCGAAUUCGUCUGGAGAAGCGCGUCGAACGCGCGCAUGCACUGGUUCUUGCAGGUAACAUCUACGCCAAGGCCGAGCGUGACCCCGAGGAGGAGGGUGAUUACAUGGCAUUCGAGCAGUUGAUGGCCGAGGCUAUGACUAAGAAGGGCAAGGACGAGAAGAAGAAGGAGAAGAAGUCCAAGCAUGGCCACCACGAUUCUAAGCAAUAUGAGAAUGUGGAGGAGCACCUCGCUGCUUGAGCGCUUUCUAGAUCCAUGUCUUGAUCCUUUUCCUUCGUCGCCGCCUGGACAUAUAUAUUUGCUUUCCCUUGCGUUACGGGGCUAGUAGAUCCCCUCUCCGUUU